UUAGGUUACAACAAUAACCAUGACGAAAUUUGUUGGGAUUUGAUUAUUUAUCUUCCUCUCUUAGUAAGUUAUUUCAAUGGAUUACAAUAUAUUUUAUACAUUAACCUGUUUUUAUCAUAAUCAUUUUUAUUUCCUGCAUUGCGUUUCAAUGUGAAUAAAUUUGGGUUUUCUCUUCACGAUCUUUGUUCAAUGUUUUUAUAUUAAUUGAUACAGGUUACGUUUAACACCUACAUUGAGAUUAAUUGUUCUAUAUUUUGACAUUAUUAUACUUAUCGAUUCUCAAAUAGUAACCUGUAUUUUCCCUUUUUUUCUUUAAUAUCUGGGUUUUGAUCUUAAUAAAUGUAUUAUCCAUAAUGCAAACAUAAAUUACAUUUUGAUUUUUUUUAAUGAAAAUGAUCAAGUUUUGAUUGUUAAACUCAUAUACUUUUUUUGAUGUUUUGGUUUUUGAUAAGAAAAUUGUUUGUCUAUUUAAAAAUGUUGGGAUUCUUUUUUAUGUCUUUUGUUUGAAUAGCUUUUAUAAUGUUGAAAUUUUGGUAAUCACAUCUUUGAGGAGAGGAGAAAAUGAAGCUAUUUGUGCGUGUAAUAGAAGCUCGGAAUUUAAGAGGAAUAGAUUUUAAUGGAUUAAGUGAUGCAUAUGUAAAAUUAAAAGUUGGAAAACAGAAAUUCAAGACUAAGGUUGUAAAGAAAAUCGUAAAUCCUUCAUCGGGUGAAGAUUUUAGUUUCCGAGUGGAAGAUUUAAAAGAAAAGCUUCGGAUUUAUGUUUUGAAUAAGAAUAAAUACUUCAAUGAUGAUUUCAUGGGGAAACUUAAAAUUUCAAUUUGGAAGAUUUUUGAUGUAGAGAAUAAGUUUCUUGAAACCACUUGGUAUUCUCUUCAACCUAAGAACAAGAAAUCUAAGAACAAAGAUUAUGGUGAAAUCCGUGUGGCGAUUUCAUUAUCCUUAAAUAACUCUAGUUUUGAGGAAUCACCGUCUGGUAGUCCUAACGAUGCACUUAAUACCGACAAAUAUCCGGUGAUUCAUCAUCUGUUUCAUUAUGGUCAUCUGUAA